GAGGGUCUCAGGUACCGUCUAGUGGAUGCACGCGGCGAGGUGGUCGGGAGGUUGGCGUCCAGACUCUCCAUCCUGCUGCAGGGAAAGGACAAGCCGACGUAUCAGCCGCACAAGAGCGAAGGGGACGUGGUGGUGGUGGUGAACGCCGCGGAGGUGACGCUUACGGGACGAAAGAUGGAUCAGAAGAAGUAUUAUCGUCACACCGGUUACGUGGGUGGAUUGGUUGAGCGAACGGCGAGGGAAAUGAUGAACCAGGAACCCACGUUCGUGCUGCGCAAGGCUGUGGAGCGGAUGCUGCCAAAGAACAAGCUGCGGAGGGAGAUGAUGCGAAAGCUUCGGGUGUUCCCCGGGGAGAGGCACGCGUUC